AUGAACUGCACCUCGUGGAACCAAAGCGUCAAUCAGAGCAUCUCCAACAACAGCGAUGCGUUUAACAAUAACGGUUAUGAGGAUGAAUACAGAAUCCUUGUUUUGAAAUAUGUGGAUGUGGUGGAUUGGAUCACUAUUUGUGUUGGGCUUCCUUUGACUCUGCUGACCAUAUUUGCUGUUUUAUCAAUGGUGAAAAAAGAUUAUGUUGCUCCAGUUUACAUCCUCAACCUUCUGAUCUCGGAUCUCAUCCAGCUCUGCAGCAGAAUUCCUCUGAUGUURCUUGAAGGUCCUAAUGUCUCCUUUCUUUAUGCUUUCCGGCUUGGCUUGAUAACCAGUGUUGGAUUCAUGAUGUGUGUUUCCCUGGAAAGGUAUCUGAUCGUCGCCAAGCCGCUGUGGUACAGAUCUAGAAAAGACAUCAAGACGUCUGUGUUGGUCUGCGUUGCAGUCUGGAUCCUUUCUGUGGUUUUUAUCUUGGUUGUUUAUCUUCCCCUGGAGCUAAAGACCAGUGGGAACAUCUUGGGUGUGUUUCUCCUCCUCCCUCUUCCCUUGCUCAUCUUCUGCCUGGUUGGGACCAUUAAAGUUCUGUCUGAAACUCGCAGUGUCUCUGCUGAUGAGAAACAUCGAAUCUUUUCAGUCCUGGUUGUGGUUUUGCUUACAUAUAUUCUACUUUUUCUGCCAGUUGUAUUAUGUUUAGUUUUUGAAGAAGUGNCGCCAAGCCGCUGUGCUGAUACGUCGGUUGUGAAUCAAAUAUCAGCUGAUGCCUGA